CACGAAAGCUUCAACGCAACUUUCUUCUUCGGACUAUUCCGUAUUUCAAAUGGUUUCACGGUAAGAGCUUACGUUCCGGCGACAAGCUGCGUUCAUAAACGAAUGCAAUGACAUAAACGAGGUCCAGGAACUACUCAAGUCAAACACAAAACCUCCAACAUACAGCUUUUCAAGAUGGUUUUAGAAUCCAUUUCAAGGAUAAUUAAACUCCAGCUUCCAGCUUACCUCAAGAAGCUCCCGCUUCCGGAGACGAUCGGCGGAUUUGCGAGGUUAACAGUGUCCGAGUGGCUCAGGCUGCUGCCUCUCCUGGGCAUCCUGGCUCUGCUGGGCUACCUCACGAUUCGCCCCUUCCUGCCGAAGAAGAAGAAGCAGAAAGACAGUCUGAUCAACCUGAAGAUCCAGAAGGAGAACCCAAGGGUGGUCAACGAGAUAGACAUCGAGGACCUGAACAGCACCAAAGUAUGUUACUGCCGCUGUUGGCGCUCCAAAACCUUUCCGGUUUGUGACAGGUCACACGUAAAGCACAACGAGCUAACCGGAGACAACGUGGGACCGCUCAUACUCAAGAAGAAGAUGCUAUAAUUGGACGCUGGUGGCGUUUUUUUUUCUCUCAUCUCUCUCUAUCACAGUCUUUGGGUUCCAUGACUAACCGUUAGUUUCUGUCUCCUGUUGCAGUGUUUUCUUCUUCCAUUUUGGAGCAAAGUCUUGGUCUUGCCUUGAUGUUAUGUACACGUUCCUCAGACACGUGGCAGACCAGAUUCUUUACUUGAAGUGGUCCUUAAACACCUGCAAAUAUAAAAUUCCACAGUGUGUCUGUGAAAACUGUAUUUUAGGUUAUUUAAUGAAAACAAGCAGCAAGAAAGUUUUUUUUCCUUUUGGGGGGCCUUUAUUCAUCAUGUGUUUACUUUAACAGAGCAGCCUUUUUCUAAAGGAAAAUGUAGGCACGUCUCACCCUUUGUGGAAUCAGUUACCCAUCAUCGGGACCACUUUGAGAGGAAAGCUUGAAACACAAAUGCAGUGACCUUAAGAUGGCUUCUAAUAUGCUGAACGCAUCAGAGGAAGUUUGUUUUUCCUAGUUGAAUAGUUGUUUGAAUGAAAUACUUAACCUUAAACCAACAUUUUGUACUGUAUGUCUUCAUUUUGGACGUUUCUUAGAAUUUUUUAUUUUU